CAACGUUUAGAAGCUCUCAUUCCACGUUCAUGCGGACCGGCCCAAAAAUCCAUGGAAUUUCUGACUGCUCUGGGUUCGGGAACUAGUGACCUAGUCCGCGGAUUUCGUCCAAUAUCUGUCAGACUGGACGAACUACCACGUGUGUGUAUCGCCUCGGUCGGGUUCGAGAUUGUCAGCAUGUCCACGAAUCCCGUCAGCCCGUCUGUGUUCGCUGUUUGUGGCACAUGGGACUGUGUCGUAUUGGGUGUGGUCGGUUCGGGACAAGUCUGUGGCCGCAUCCACGUCGUUGCCGCACGUCGAGAUCGUACAGAACAGCUGAUUAAAGCUAUUUGGCUUCCCGAUUCAAUCAACUUGCUCGCUCUGCUAACCACGCGAUCGGUUCAGGUAGGCCAAUGUUCACUUCGAUUCACACCAUAA